UCUGAGUGUGAGCACAUGGAGAAAGACCAGAACAAGUUGUCAGAAGAAGAUGAAUCAAGUUCACCCACUGUAGAUAAAGGGACAGCGGAGGUGAACAAGGGAACAGAGGUCCGUCAUGAGGUGGUCAUCCAUGAGCAGCCCUCAAGACGCUUGAGUCAACAGGAGUUAGAGGAGUUGUUUUGGGGGGUAGACGGUAAUAGCAUUGAACCCUGGUCUUGUGAUGAUGUGGUCAUGAACUUUCUCAACAAGGCUGGCCUGCAGUAUCUAUCUGAACAGUUUGUUGCCAACAAAAUUAAUGGAAAGUGCUUGAUGCUACUUCAAGAGCACCAUCUUGUUGAGAUGGGCAUCCAAUGUCUUGGAGACAGGCUAAAGUUGAUGGACCUCAUCCAGUUGUUGAAGAAGAAGAAGAAAGAAGCUGAGCUGACUACGGCACAGUGGUCUGGCGUGACACCUAGUGCCGGAUGUGCCUACAAGGAGGACUGUGGGGAGUGUUGUGUUGCGUACCUUUGCCCAUGCUGCCUGGCCAAGACCUUCUGGAGGGUUACUGGCCAGGGAAUAUUCUACAAAAAGGAACCGCCAUGUGGAUUAUUCACUGGAUCAGUCAGUACAGAGUAUAUGGAUUAUCGCUUCCUCAAGGAUCUCGAGCUUAAGAGAACCAACAAGUUCUGCUGUUGCUGCACGGCCAACGAGCUGGAGAUUUACUCCGAUGACCACGAUUCAGGCGCAGUACAGAAGGAGGGCGAGGCUCCAAACCCCGGGGCCUUCCAUCCGCAUGUGCUCAGACAUCCAGAGGCCGCAGAGGUCGAGAAGAUUAUCCGUAAUGCUUGGAGCAGAGCUAGACUAGUCGCAGAAUGAGUCCAGUAAAAAACAAGUUAACAAUAGGGGCCGAUCCACGAUAUUUAUAACCAAUCUUUUAUGUAGGUUAGCCGUGUAAAGCUUUCUAAACAAGUUUAUCGUCUCCUGAUGACACUCCCGAGGAGUUUUUCAUUUAAUCACGAGUCAUGGACCAAGAAUCAUAAAAACGAAAAGAGCUUUUUUAUUUAACUAUAGAAAUUCCACAUUUGCAAUUAGUCAAUAUCAUUUUGAAGCUAGACUUCGGAAUCUCCCACGUAAAUUUGUUGUAUUGCUCGCGGUUCUUUAGAAAUGAAGGUGUAAAGUUAUUUUGUAGAACGAUUGUGGCAGGGAUUCUCAAGUUGCUUCCUUGCUUGUUUCGCAUUGCGAUCUUUCAAUCAAUGUAAAGGUGCUAUUUUUUUUACCCGAAAAUGGAGUAUUUGGAACCCCUGAUAGAAUUUACCUAUAAGUUUUUUUUUAUUGAAAAAAAAAAAUAAAAUAAAAUAAACACAUAACAAAAUUA